UAAAUAAAACAUCUAAUACUUAGGCGUUUGUCUACAUAGAAAACACUACAUCAAGAAUCUAAAUGUUGUGACAUGUGUAAAAGUAUAAAACAAAAAAAUUAGUGUAAAAAUAGUGGUUUUGACAGAUUAUCAUCGAUUUUUGAGAAUCUAUGUGCUGUUUCAAAUAACAAUUAUUAGAAAAAUAAAAAUAAAUAAUGCAAAAAAAGUCAUCGUAUUAGAAUAAAAAAAAAAGAAAAUACAUGUUUAUAAAUACGUUUGAAAACAACCAAUAAUUAAAUUAAAAAAUAAUACGAAACGAUACGAUAAGUGAUUCAUCGAGUGACUGUCGUUGUACGUUUUUCUAGAGAAAAAUAAAUAAAAAAUAAAAUAAAAUGCCGACAUCGACCACCACAAUACUAACACAACAACAACAGCAGCAGCAACAGCAACAACAACAAAACACAUCUAAUAAUUUAUCUAAUGGAAGCAGUAUGAACGGUGCUAAUAAUAGCAGUACUACCAGUAGCGAAGAUCUACAACAAACGCAACAGCAUUCAAUGUCGUCGUCGUCGUCUGUAGUUGGCGUAAUGCAACAAUCUAGCGGCGGUGGCUCAGGUGGUGGUGUCCCCAGCAGCAUAAUUGGGUCAAGUGACUUGUCUUUGGCCAUAAAUACGAGUACUGUAAGUACCUCGCAGAUACUGGACGAUGACUUGGGAUUAAACGGCACUAUUACAUCAUCGCCCGUAAAUCAUAACAACAACAAUAAUGCACACACCGCCAACAAUAAUCUAUUGAUUGAGACAAAUGACUUGGAUGAUUUGCAUUUGAAGGCAAGCGAUUUGAACUGCUUGAAUCCUACAUCUUUGUUGAAUGGCGUUUCCAUUUCGACGGCAUCCUCGAUGUUGCUCAGCAGCGGCAAUCAUCCAAACAGCUCCUCGGGAUCGUCUGGCUUGCCCACUGGCUUCGGUGGCGUCGAUCACAGUCCGUGGUCCACGGCUGGCGAUGAACCGUCUCACAUGUCCUCGAUGAAUGGCAUGCACGGCUUUCAAAAUUUCUCACCAAAUCCCUUGUUCAAUGGAAGUGUAAUGGCACAAGCGUUGCAACAACAGCAGCAGCAACAACAACAACAACAAAGACGUGCCAUUACAGCGUCACACAGUAGUGGCUUUGGUCCGCAUGGCUUGUCCCCGAAUAAUAUGGGUCGUUCUACGCCACACUUGCAAAAUUCCCAAAAUCAAUUGCCGCCACAACUCUCGCAGCAAUUCAAAAAUCCAUAUCCAUCUUGGUCGCAGGCACCUUCGAAUGCCGGCGGUCCACAGCAGCAGCAACAGCAACAACACUCUCAGCAACAAAUGAAUCAAAUGUGGAAUUCGCGUGGGCGAUCCGCUCCCAAUCCGAUGCCAGGUAUGCCGCAUCGCAAGCCACAUCCGGGACAGCAUAACUUGUCUCCGUUUGGCGCACAAGGAUCUUCCUCGCCCAUGGGACAGGCUGGCGCAAUUUCGCCAUCGAAAUAUCGUCGUAGCACUUCGUACCCCGGAAAAAAUAUGCAACAAGGACAAUACCAAGGUGCUGGAAAUAUGCAAGAUUGUGGUGGUUUAGGCGAUGUUGGAGUUGAUCCUUUCAUGGCACCAUAUCAGGAUCGUGGCAUUUCAAAUGGAUUGGAUAUGCGAUCAUUGGAACAUUGUCUCAACGAUAUUAUGCGUGGAAUGGGAGAUGCUCCGGUACCAGAUAAUUCAAAAGGAUAUCUCAACUGUAACUCCAAUACCUUACAAUCACUGGCACAGUUGCAUGGCAAACUUGACUUCCACGAAUUCAUACCCGGCAAGCCAUUUUAUCAAACAUUGGAAGACCACAUCUCGGAAGAAGCUGGCUUUGUAGACAAUAACUCGACGUUGCCCAUCGGAUCUCCAGCCAGAUCGUCUCCGCAUUCGCAGGGCAGCGAGGGCGGCGAACGAUUCUCCCGCAAAGUAUUCGUCGGCGGAUUGCCACCAGACAUUGAUGAAGAUGAAAUUACAUCAUCGUUCCGUCGUCACGGACCACUGGUUGUUGAUUGGCCGCACAAGGCAGAGUCCAAAUCGUAUUUUCCACCGAAGGGAUAUGCUUUCCUCUUGUUCCAGGACGAAAGUAGUGUUCAACAUUUGAUCGAUAAUUGCAUGGUUGAGGAGGACAAGCUAUACAUUUGCGUAUCAUCACCAACAAUUAAGAACAAACCCGUGCAAAUUCGUCCCUGGCGUUUAUCUGAUGCUGAUUUCGUUUUGGAUGCCAGUAUGCCACUAGACCCACGCAAGACUGUCUUCGUUGGCGGCGUUCCAAGACCAUUGAAAGCGGUUGAGUUGGCUAUGAUUAUGGACCGUUUAUAUCGUGGUGUUUGCUAUGCUGGAAUCGAUACAGAUCCUGAAUUAAAGUACCCCAAGGGCGCUGGACGUGUUGCAUUUUCCAACCAACAAAGUUACAUUGCUGCAAUUUCGGCUCGUUUUGUGCAAUUGCAACACGGUGAUAUUGACAAACGUGUCGAAGUCAAGCCAUACGUUUUAGACGACCAAAUGUGCGACGAGUGUCAAGGACAACGUUGUGGUGGAAAGUUUGCUCCGUUCUUCUGUGCUAAUGUCACCUGUCUUCAAUACUAUUGUGAACACUGCUGGGCAGCCAUUCAUUCGAGACAAGGUCGCGAAUAUCACAAACCAUUAGUCAAAGAAGGCGCAGAUCGUCCACGUGCUGUUCCCUUUCGUUGGUGUUAAAAAAAAAAGUUUACAAGUACCAACCUAAAGCAACCAUCCCCAAUCCUUUUUUGACGUUUUUAGCAUAAGUUCGGCAAAAAAAAACAAUAAGUAUCUCAUAUUACAUGAGAAGUCUAAAGCAGCAAAAGGCAACGUUAAAAAGCGUUGUAGCAAUAAGUUGUUUGUUUUUAUUAAAGACAGAUUCUCUAUUUAAAAAAAAAGAAUAAUAACUUGAUCUAGGAAAUAAUUCGUCGUCGAUAUAAAUAAAACUAAAAAUAUUUUUAUGAUAAAACAUUACAUAUAUAUAUAAAAUAUAUAACUAGGAAUACUAUUAACACGUUUUAAAAAUCUGAUAAUAAAAUAAAACGAAUAUUAAUUUUAUACUGCAAAGUAACAAAGACAAACAAAAAAGAAUGUUAAAAAAACACAGACACUACUAUUUUUGUGAAAAUGUAAAUUGUAUAAUUCGUCAUUUUUUAUGCAUACAAGAAACGUACAUACCUUUGUAAAACGAUUAGUCAAUAUAUUUUAGUUAAAUUAGUCUAAUUCUUUGUUAUGAUGUAUUUUUUAAUUGAAAAAAAAAAUAUA